AUGAGUUCGGGACGAGAGGGCAUGCCGAGGGCAGCACGGUUAAUCGUCGUCAGCGCCGAUGUUGUGUCAAGUGCCGAGUUUUGCGGGUACGUUGAUGGGCUGUCAUGCACAGGGCUGCUGCAGCGGAUAUUCGUAGACGAAUGUCACACUGUGAUCAUGGAUAUCGGCUACCGUGCUAAGCUUGGCGAGCUCGUAGGGUUACGCCGGUUUGGCUGCCCAUUGGUGCUGCUCACAGCAACGCUGCCCGUUGUGCUAGAGGACUGGUUCCGCGGCGAGAUGCUGGCAAAGUCGGCAAUCAUAGUGCGGGAUCGGACGGUCAAGCUGAACUGCCGGUACGAGGUUCAGCAGGUCGAGCCCGGGCGUGGAGCUGUUGAGAAUCGCACGGUUGAGGUGAUCGAGCAGCUGGAUCAAGAGAUGACGGGCUGUCAGAAGGGGGUCAUAUACUGCCGAUCGAAGAGUCAAUGCGAGGCGAUCGCUGACGAGAUCGGGUGCGGGUUUCAUCACAGCGGCAUAAGCGAACAGGACCGUCACGAGGCGCGGACGACAUGGGCAGAGGGCCGUAACGCAAGCCGAUGGAUCGCUGCAACAACCGGGUUAGGGACAGGCAUCGACAUCGAGGGGAUCGUGGCCGUGGUUCACAUGGAGAAGCCGUACGGGCUCGUCGACUUUGUGCAGCAGAUUGGCCGAGGAGGGCGUCGGGCAGGCGAGGUGGUGCGGUCCGUCAUUAUACACGAUGGACGGCCGCAACGAGAGGAUCAGCAUCGGAGCUUUGUGGAUGAUGUCAAUCAAGCACAGAUGGAGGCAUUCGUGUUGACGCCGGGAUGUCGAAGGGCCGUGAUAUCGGCGUUUAUGGACGGGGCAGCCGGCGAAACGUGUGAGGAUGUAGAUGGGGCUACGCUUUGUGAUCGGUGUGAGCUGCUUCGACGGGAUGAUGACAGUAGUAAGGGUGCAGGUAGGGCCGAGGAGGAGGUGAUUGAAGGGGAAAGUGAUGGAGAGAGUGAGGAAGAGAGUGAGGGAGGCAGUGAGGGGGGAGUAUAA